GUCAAUUGUCUAUCUGUGCAUAAAUGAGAUUGAACAAAAAAAAUGCACAUUAUUUUAGCACCUAAUAGGACCUUAUGUAAAUGUUUAUGUGCAGUAGCUCACUUUUUAUGUGCACUAGCGACUUCGAAGUCACAUGAUCGCUCAUUGAAGCCAUGCAAACUCUAGGCAGCCCAUGUCCAGGCCUUGCUUAGACUAACAUCAAACAUUCAAAUAUCCGUGCUUUGCCAGUGACAUGGGACAUAGUAGUCACGGUGGACUUUUCCUUCGCAGCGACAGACGACAACAAACACGACAAGGAAAGGAAAUAUCAUAGUCAAAUAUGAACCCGAAUAUGCUACCUUCACUUUUCGGAUGGUUUGAACUUUUAUCCGUGAAUUGUUGAUACUACAGCGAAAGGGUGCCCACACCUUCCGUUAGCGCGACAGUGAGAAGAUGGUGGUCUCCUUGAAGCAGGUGGGGACUACAGCCUGGGACAGGGACAGGAUGAAGAUGUUCAAGAAGACACCCGCCAGCUGGUCAGCACACACUCUGAGGACUAGCCAAGCUUCACUGCCCAGUUGGCCAGAUGGGAUGCCAAUGCUGUAAGAUGAUUAAAAGGAAUAGGGACCCGGCAGAGAGCUCUCUCUACCAGCCCCACCACCUCCCAGCAGACGGCGGGGACCAGUCCAACAACAAGCAGAAGCAGGACUUUCACAACCUGGGCUUCAGCAACAGCAACAAGUACAACGAUGGAGAAGAUGGAGGACGAGGCCUCAAGCUGGAGAUCGACAACAACCAGAUCAACAGGCUUCACGCCGUGCCCGCCAACCCAGAGAGGGGGCAGGGAGUCAAGCCUUGGGCAGGGGAGGGUGGUGGUGGUGGUAGGGGUCUGUAUAUCCUCCAUCCAGAGGGCCAGGUUCCAAGACGAGAUCCAUCUAAGGGCCCCAGCCAAGUUCCAAUCUACCCUAACACACUCUCCCUGGAUCAUAGUCACCAUCUGACACAUUUGGGUGACAAUGACUCCCACAAGAUUAGGAUGUUCCGAAAUAGCUCGGACCCCUCCUGGCCCGGUGUGGGGUGCUACACCUCGUUGACGGAUGAGCUGGAUGAGGGGGUGGGGGGCACACCUGAGUACCUGUGUGACACAGGGGAUGAGGAGAGCGUCAUGUCUGCGGAUAUUCCAACUAGUACAACUAGCCUGUCCUCGGCAGACACGAAGGAUGAUAGGAGGGCGCCGGACGCCACUACCGUAGAGAGCGGGACCAGGAUCUCGGUGACGAAGAGCGAAGAUGAGGGACGGGAAGAAGAUGAUGUGUAUCACAUCACAGACUCUAUGGUGGCGGAAGCUCUAGCAGCUCUAGAUGCGGCAACCGCCGGGGAGGACUAUGAGGACUAACUCUUUAAAAACUCUUAAAUAUUUUCUACAAGGCCUCAUACUAUUUCAAAAGCACAAUCUAACUUCGAUAUCUAUUCAGCUUCAAUAUCUGCUGCUUUUUUUUAACUAAAAUAUGGAUUUAUUUUUUAACAUACUGUAGAACAUGCAUAUUUGUCUUGUGAGUCACAUGGGCAUACAGUACCAGUCAAAAGUUUCUUUAUUUUUACUAGUUUCUACAU